AUGUUCAAGCUGUUGAUUCAAGAACACAAAAAUAAUCCUCACGGAGCAGGCGGUCGGCAGAGCGGCUCAUCGCAGACUGAUGGCGAUUCCUGGCCUUGCAAGCACUGCACGUACGUCAAUGAUGCUGUUCGCGAUGACUGCGAAAUAUGCGGCCUGCCCAAAAUUGCUGAAAAUUUCACGAGCGUUCGUUUACUCAUGACUACUAAAGUCGUACCAUUGCUGCCCCUGCAAAACAGCGAUUACGGUAUACCACGGACCUUAUUGUACAACGGUUCUCGGUUCGCUGGUCAUCAGAAAAGUAAGGGUAACUGCUACGACGUCGAGGUCAUAAUUCAGGUCAGAAAAGACAUCAAGCAUGAUCACGCUGAUCAGAGGUAUUUCGUCUUUCAGCAUGGUAAAUUUUUGGCGUUCUACCAGUUCGCUAAAAACUUCAAUUCGGACAUGUUCGACUACGAGGCGCUAAAGCAGACAGAACAGUUUCUGGUUCCGGACCAUCAUGUCAGGGACAUCAACGGUGCGUCAUUCGCAGGUUUCUACUACAUUUCUCUGCAAAAGUCGUGUGCCACGAUCGAAGGCUACUACUACCACAAAAAUUCAGAGUGGUAA